GUGAGCGGCGACUCCUACAAACUUCCUCCUGGUUACAUUGUAGCAAGUCUACAUGCUGAAACCUCAGAAUACAGGACGAUGAACAGACGUCAGGAGUCAGAGAAGAUGCUAAAGAAAUAGAUGGAGGAGAGAACAGAAUAUCAACAUGUCAACCUCAGAAACCACGGUGAUUGUCGUCCACAAUCCUCCUCGUAGGAGAAGAUGGAGCAAAGAACCACCUCCUCAGAUGAGGAUUGUUGUUCUGGGUUCGAGCGUGUCAGAAAACAGUCUGGUGGGAAACUUCAUCUUAGGACGAGCAGCGUUUGACAGUGAAGCUCCUCCAGAUGUUGUAGAGAGAGUCGGAGGAAGACUGAAGGACAGACAUGUGAUGGUCAUCAACAGUCCUCAGCUGCUCCAGACGAACAUCUCAGCUCAUCAGCUCACACAGACAGUGAGAGAGUGUGUGCAUCUGUCUGAUCCAGGACCUCAUGUGAUCGUGCUGCUCCUCAGACAUGAGCCGUGUUCAGCAGAAGAUCAGGAGCGUGUGGAGAAGGUGCUGCUCUCUUUCUCUGAGCAGGUUUAUCAGCACACCAUGGUGCUCACAACACAAGAGCCCACAGAAACCAGUGACAUCCUACAGAACAUCAUUCAGAAAUGUGCAAACAGACACUUCGGUCUUCAGAGGAGCAGCUCUCCUGAUGAUCUGCUGCAGAUGUUUGAGGACAUUGUGAAGAUGAACGAUGGACUGCGUCUGGAUUGUGCCGAAGUUUCAGAGUGUAAAAAGCUGAAUCUGGUUGUGUGUGGGAGUGACGGGACAUUGAAAUCCUUCAUAUCAGGUCUGAUCCUGCAGCAGACCGACAGAAGAUCAGACGUGGAGCUUCGUGUAAUAGAGCUUCCAGCUCUGAUCCAUCUCUCAGAGGAGGACGUGCUGCGUCAGACUCUCCGCUGUGUGUCUCUCUGUCAUCCUGGAGUUCAUGUGUUCAUCCUCAUCAUUCCUGAUGCUCCACUUAAUAAUGAAGACAAAGCUGAAACGGAGAAGAUCCAGAGGAUCUUCAGCCCGAGAAUCAACAAACACAUCAUGAUCCUCAUAAAGCAGAAUCCAGAGCGUCAGACAGCAGAACUAAAUGAAGAAACACAGUCUGUCAUUGAGAGUUUUGGAGGACGACAUAAUUUCAUUGACCUGAACACACAAGUGUCCACACUGAUGGAGAACAUCGAGCAGAUGCUGGAAGAAAACAGAGGAGAGUUUUUCUCCACAGAGACAUUUCUGGAUGCUCAGAUGAUAAAACUGCUGAAAUUUGAAGAGAUGAAGAAGAAAAUUCAGUCACUAGAAACACAUGUACUGUCACAAGGUUCAACAGAGAGAGAAGAUAAUCUGAGGAUUGUGCUGCUGGGAAAAACUGGAGUCGGGAAAAGUGCAACUGGAAACACCAUCUUAGGAAGAAAAGCAUUCACAGCAGAAACAUCUCAAGAGUCUGUUACUAAAGACUGUCAGAAAGAGACAGCUGAAAUCAGCGGCAGACACAUUACUGUGAUCGACACUCCAGGACUGUUUGAUACUGAACUCAGUAAUGAAGAAAUCCAGAGAGAAAUCAGCAACAGCAUCUCCAUGAUCCUGCCUGGACCACAUGUGUUCAUCAUCGUGCUCAAUUUAGGACAACGAUUCACUAAAGAAGAGGCAACAGCUGUGGAGAUCAUCCAGGAGACGUUUGGAGAGAAAUCUUUAAUGUUCACCAUGGUGCUCUUCACCAGAGGAGACUUUCUGGAGAACAAAACCAUUGAUCAGUGUUUGGGAAAACCUGGAUCUGCUCUGAAUCAGCUGAUUGAAGCCUGUGGAAACAGAUCCCUUGUGUUCAAUAAUAAAGAGACUGGAGACCGAACACAGGUGACUGAUCUACUGCAGAAGAUAGACAACAUGGUGAAAGCAAACGGAGGGAGUUACUACUCAUGUAAGAUGUUCAGAGAGAUGGAGAGAGAAAUACAAGAACAACAGAUGAAGAUACUGAUGGAGAGAGUCAGAGAAAGAGAAGAAGAGAUGAAGAAACUAGAAGAAGAGAAAGACAGAAUGAAGAUAAAGAUGGAGGAACAUCAUGACAAAGAGAGAAAGAGACGAGAAGAAGAAUUUAUUGAGAGAGAAGAACGAUAUAAAAGAGACAUCAAAGAAAGAGAGGAACAAGAGAGAAAGAUGAAAGAGGAGAUGAAGAGAGAACGAGAGGAAUGGGAGAAACAGAAACAAGAGGAGAGACAAAGAAGAGAAGAAGAGGAGGAGAGAAGGAUAAAGAAAGAACAAGAAAUGCAGGAUGAAUAUAAUCAGAGACUUAAACAAGAGGACGAGAGAAAGAAAAUGUUGGAGGAGGAACGACAGAAUCAGGACAAAGAGAGAGAGAGAAGAGAAGAAGAACUGAAAAGAGAAAUUACAGAACAAGAGAAUGACAGGAAGAAAAGAGAAGAAGAAUAUAAAACACUAAUGAAAGAGAGAGAAGAUCUUCGAUCUAAACAUGAAGAAGAAGAAAACAAGACGAAGAUCCGGAUGGAGAAACUGAACAGAGAACGAGAAGAACUGAUGGAGAAACAUGAAGAAGAGAGAGAGAGAAUGAAGAUGAUGAUGGAGGAAGAACGACAGAAUCAGGACAAAGAGAGAAAGAGAAGAGAAGAGGAACUCGGAGAGAGAGAAGAACGAUAUAAAAGAGAAAUGAAGGAACAGGAGGAGCAGAUGAAAAGUGUAAAAGAGGAGUAUAAAAAUGAAAUAAAAGAAAUGAGGAAUGAAACAGAGACUGUAAAGAAAGAAAAAGCAAAUCUUCAGAUCAGAUUCGACACAGAAACAGACAGACUGAUGAACAGAAUAGAGAAUGAAAGACAACAUCACGAGAGAGAGAGAAAGAGAAGAGAAGAAGAAUUAAAUGAGAGAGAAGAGAGAUAUAAAACACAAAUAAAGGAGAAGGAGAGAGAGAUGAAAGAGGAGAUGAAGAGAGAACGAGAGGAACGGGAGAAACAGAAACAAGAGGAGGAGAAAAGUAGAGAGAAAGAACAGAGAGCUUGGGAAGAACAGAUUCAGAGACUGAAGAGUGAAAUGGAGGGAAUAGUCAGAGAGAAAGAGAGAAUAGAAAGAGAGAAACAAGAACAGCUAGAGGAUUCAGAGAAGAGACUGAAAGAAGAAAGAAACAUGCGAGAAGAUCAACAGAAGACUCUUGAAGAACAGCAUGAAGAAGAGCUGAAGAGAAGACGAGUGCAGUGGAGAGAGGAAUAUGAGAGAGAGGAAGAGGAGGAGAAGAAGAAGAAGAAGAUCUGCUCUAAAACUGGUCCUUCACUGCAGGGAGAAAACCGGGACAUUGAACCAGCAGAAAAAAUACAGAAUCUAUUUCACAGACUUCAUCUUGAAGACAAACACCUCAACAGACUGAGAGCUGCAGAUGUUCUUCAGAUAACUGCACAUUCAUUACAGUCUCAUGAGUCUUGUGCUGAAGAAGAGCUGGUUCAGACUUUCCUACAGAAACUACUGAUGAUGAACUACAGAGCACGAUACAUUCAAACUAAGCAGACCAAAGAUCACAUGCAACAAAGAGACAGUGACUCACCUGAAGAUGAGAGUGAUAUUUUUGAAAGAAUGUCUAAUAAAACCACAAGUCAGUCUGAGCGAAUCCACCCGAUGGAUGUCCAGAUGGCUGUGUUUCAUCGUGCUGAUGUUUUCCUGAAGCAGCUGAUGGUCACUAAACUGUCCCAGUGCCAGUGCGCUCUGCCUCUGCUUGUUCCUGAUCCAAUCACACGACAGAUUGAGUUUCCUCUCUGGACAUUCAGACAAAUCAGCAAGAGCUGGAAGAUCAGAAACACCAGAAAUGAGAUGAUCAGUCAAACCUUGCCGAUCUACAAGGCAGAAACUCCAAUGGUGUUCUUCUUCAGGUUUGGCUCUGUGUCUUCCUCCAAGUCUCAGCUGAUGAACAGUCUGAUUAAUGAGAGACACAACACAUUCUUCCACAGAUACUGCCCAGGCAGCAGCAGAACCAGAGUCCUGAUGGACGGAGUGGUGGAGAUCUCCUGGUUCUGCCCAUCUGGAUCAUAUAAUGAUCAUUUCAAAAAAAAAGAUAAAUUUGCAAACUGUGUUGCGUUCUGUAAUCUUCAUGGUGAUGCAGGAGACCAUGAGAAACAGCUGCAGAUCCUCACUGACAUGAGCUCAGUCAAUGUUGUUCUUCUGCCACGACUUCAGAAGAAUGACAAAAGUAUGAUAAAAGUUCAAGAACUCUACAAGGACUCAAAGCCACUCAUUUGUCUUUGUACUGAGGAUGAAUCAACCAUCAUUGAGACACGAAAAGGAAAAUAUAAAAUUGGUUUGAAAGACAGAAAUCAGUCAGAUGUGUCUGAAGAACUCAGAAGAGCUAUAAAUGCUUGUCUUUCAGAUUCAUCUCACACUUUCAGACUUGAAGAUGUGUCCAAACUCUCAGACGUCAGAGUAGAUGAGGCAGAUGAUGAAGACUGCAGGAGAGGAAGAGCAGCAGCACAGCAGAUGAUGAGUUUACUGGAGAAGAAAGAUCUGACGAAAGUCAAAGAAUGGUUUCUGCCUCAUCAGGGCAAACUGUGGCAUCAGUGGAGUCAGAAGAACAAAGAACUACAUCGACCUCAAGGAGAUGAGAUCGAAAUGGACAUCAGUAGAAAACAAACAGAAAUGUGGAAAAUCCGUCAAAAGCAGUAUGAAUCUGACAUCAGUGAGUUUAUGAAGCUCUUUAUUAAAGAAAUGAACUCACACACUGCCACAAAGAUGUUUUUCCUUAAAUGGCUCAGAAUCCUCCUGGAUGAACAUACAUCAGCUGAUCUUUCUGCUCUACAUCACAAAUAUGAUGAAAAGUGGUCAGCAGUCUUGAAACUGAAAGAGAACCAUAAUAAAUCUGAACAUCUCAGAGGUGAACAAUCUGAGCUUGAGAGAAUAUCUGAGGAUCUUCAAGCUGCAGGCUUUGGUGUGGAGCACAUCAUGAGGGAGAUCGGUCAGAUCUAUGAAUCGUGUUCAUCUGUGCAGAAGAACAAGAAAGACCUGCAGGUUCACUUCUCUUCUCUCCCGAGUCUCGCAGCAGAGAUGAUGAUCUCUGGGUUUCCACUGGAGCUGAUGGAUGGAGAUGCUGCUCAUGUUCCUGUGGUCUGGAUCUCUGCUGUUCUAGAUCAACUCAAUCAGAGACUAGGAGACCAGAGAGUCUUUGUGCUGUCAGUUUUAGGGAUCCAGAGCUCUGGGAAAUCCACCAUGCUGAACGCCAUGUUUGGACUGCAGUUUGCUGUCAGUGCUAGAAGAACAACCAGAGGAGCUUUCAUGCAGCUGCUCAGAGUCUCAGACGAGAUGAAAACACAGAUGAACACUGACUAUAUUCUGGUUGUUGAUACUGAGGGUCUUCAUGCUCUAGAACUGUCCGGAAGAUCAACAAGACAUCAUGACAAUGAACUGGCCACAUUUGUUGUAGGUCUGGGAAAUCUGACACUGAUCAACAUCUUUGGAGAAAACCCAGCUGAGAUGCAGGACAUUCUUCAGAUCGUUGUUCAGGACUUCAUGAGGAUGAAGAAGGUCAGACUGAAUCCCAGCUGUGUGUUUGUGCAUCAGAACAUCUCAGACGUCACAGCUGGAGAGAAGAACAUGGAGGGAAGGAGACGACUGCAGGAGAAACUGGACAAGAUGACAAAACUCGCUGCUAAAGAGGAAGUCUGUGAUGCAGAAUGUUUCAGUGAUAUCAUUAGAUUUGAUGUUCAGAAAGAUGUGAAGUAUUUCGCUCAGCUCUGGGAGGGAUGCCCACCGAUGGCUCCACCAAACCCAACAUACUGCGAGAACAUUCAAGAACUGAAGAAAACUAUUAUGUCUCAUGCCACAAAAUCACAUGGAAUGAGGCUGACACACUUGAAAGAUCGUAUUAAAGAUCUCUGGGAGGCCUUACUGAAUGAACAAUUCGUCUUCAGCUUCAGAAACGCUCUGGAAAUCUCGGCUUACAGGAAACUGAAGACUGAAUACAGGAAGUGGUCCUGGAGGCUUCGCAGUGCUAUGCUGGAAACUGAGAACAAACUACACAACAGAAUAGAAAAUGAUGCGAUUCAUGAGGUUGAAGAAACUGAUCUUCAGAGAGAGCUGAAGAAGACAAGUGAAGAAGUGAAGAAAUCAAUGUCUGAAUUCUUUGAGAGAGACACAGAUAAAGAUAUACUGAUUCAGUGGAAAACAUUAUUUGAAAUCAAGAUCAAAGAGAUUCAGAAAAACAUUGUGAGAGAAACAAAGAGGAAAUUAAAUGAGGUUCUGCAGCAGCGAGACCUGAAGAAAAAGAUUGAUGCUCAGAGAAAACAUCAUGAAAACACUCUCUAUGAAAAGAGCAAAGAACUCGCCUUAAACCUCAAAGACAAAGCAAUCGAUGAAGACACACUGAAGAAAGAGUUUGAUUUGUUCUGGGAUCAGUGUGUGAAGGAGAUCAUCAGAGACACUCCUGCAAUCAGAGACAUUGAUAUAAUGAGAGAUGUGAGAGAGGUCCUCAGUGACGUCUAUGAAAGCACUCCUGCUGAUCACUGGAGGGAGAGCAGGGAUAUUUGCACUCUGCAGAGUUAUUCUGAAUAUGUUAUUCUCAGAAAGUCCAAACAAAGUGGCCUUAAAUGGGCUGCAAAGGAUGCUUACAGAACAGCUAGAGAAACAUUUGGAUUUGUUCGAACUCUGUCUCUAGAGGAUGAAGCACAAAUAAGAUCAUUAGUCUCAGAUGUUGCUCAGCAGACAGACCGAAUGAUUCAGUCAUUUAACAUCUCAAAGAUGGGCUACAACACCAGCUGCAUUCAACAACUCACAGAUUACAUCAGAGCGAGAGUAAGAGAGCAUGAGGAAGGACCAGCGAGAUAUGUGUUCAGGAAUCAAUUCUUCCUGGAUUUGGUUCUGUCCAUCUGUAAGAGAGCGAACAAGAUGAUCACUCACCAACACAGACUGUUCAGAGAAGCCAAUGAUCCUGUAAUAUAUGUUCAGAAGAAGAGAGAAGAGUACUAUAGUAUUUUCCAGAAAUACUGUCAUGGAGCUGCAUCAGCUGUUCUUUUUGGUGAGAAUAUCUGUCAGAAACUGAAAGAGCCCAUUGAGCAGAGCAUCUACAAGAAGACUGGCAGAGAUCUGACGGAUGAAAUGAGAUCAAACUGUGAAUCACUGAAUAGAAACCGAUCAAAUCUGGAGAAACACAUCCUGAAGACACUGGCAGCAGAGGAGGAUUUUAACAAAUACAUGAACUACAUUCACAAUCCCAGAGAUCACUUCAGUGGUUUCAUCAGAGAUGAAGUCAGUCGGUACAUCAGUGAUCGGUUCAGUGUCAGUGUUUUACCCAAGAUGAAGAAGAACAUUGAACUCCUGCAGCAGAAGAUCAUGAGAACAGCUCAUCAAUCUACUGAACAUGCUCGAGAGAACAGAGGAGAUGCUGGUUUGUGGUGGAAGAGUUUCACACAGCAGCUCUCAGAUGAGCUGAUCUUCUCUGAGAAACACCUCCGUGGAGUCAAACAUGUUGAUGUGGAUGAUUUCAACCUCCUAGAAGAUGUGAUGAGGCAAGAACUUACUGCUAUAGUGUCAGACAUCAGCAGGAGAUUCAAUAGAAGGUCAUUUGAUGAAAAACUGGACCUCAAGUUCAGAGCAGAUGAGCUUCUGAUUGAUCUCUUCUGUCAGUGCUGUUGGGUUCAGUGUCCGUUCUGUGAAGCCGUCUGCUCAAACAUCAUAGAAAACCAUGAUGGAGAUCACAGUGUUGCUUUCCACAGAGUGGAUGGAAUUAAUGGCACAUAUUACACUUCUACACAGAAUCUCUGUGCUGAUAUUUGCACAAGUUUAGUGGCAAGUGAAAGAACAUUUUGUGUAUCAGCUCAGAGGUUUCCAUAUAGAGAUUACAGAAGAGCAGGAGGAGUUUAUGCAGACUGGAGCAUCAGCCCUGAUCUCUCUGAACUGCCCUACUGGAAGUGGUUUGUGUGCAGAUUCCAGAGAGAUCUGGAGAAACACUACAGUAAAACAUUUGAGGGGAGUGGAAGGAUACCAGAUGAAUGGAAACAAUACUCAAAACCGGACGCUAUUGAGAGUUUGGAUAAAUACAUGUAAUGGAGAAGAUGAAGACUGAGACUCUUGUGUCUCCUCUCACAUUCAGACUCAACUCAAGACGAUCAGAUCUCAUCAAAUACAGCCCAGGAUUCAAGACCAGAUACUGAUAUCAGUCAAAUGAGCAAAGAUAUUAAUGACUGAUGAUAUAUUAUGAAAUCAAGUGUCUCAGACCUGUCAGUCUGAUUUAUAUCCAAAUCCAGUGUAAAAUACUUCAUACAAAUAAUGUCACAUAUCUGUGAGGACAGUAAAUUU